GACAUACACAACCUGUGGGAAUUUGUAAACAAAGUGUGACAGCGUGGAUAUAACCUCCUUUACCUUUAGAGUUCUGGCCUGAAAGCAUAUUCUUUAUUCUUAAAAAAUGGAAGAUUUACAACUUAAUAUAACAACAACGAAAAAAAAAAAUAAUGGUAAAAAUAAACCAAUUCAAAAUAAUGUUAAUGAAUAUAAGUUUGUUUCUAAACCAAACUAUUCGGGGAAGAUAAUGGCGAGAAAACGUCCACAAAAUGCAAUUCCUAGAAAAUUUACGGAUAAAUAUACAGACAAUUCUGGAUCGAAGAUUCAAAACCCAGAGAGUCCUGCUAAGAAAAGUAAUGAUCUCGAGAUAAAUUUACGUGAUCUCGCGGAAAAUAAAGGAAAGUUCCAAGGGAAAAAUUACCAAGAAGUUACUGAUGAGAUGGUGAUAAAACAAAAACAGAGGAGCGGAGGCUGGAUAUCAUCACUGUUUAAAAAUAACCCAGACGUCCCUCGAAUUGGCCAAAAAGCAGUAAAGCCCAUUGUAGAAAAAGUGUUCGCUGGUACAACAUUUGCGGACUUGAAUAUUCAUCCUCACAGCAUUGCAAAUCUUAAACAAAAUUUGAACUUAAGUGAAUUAAUGACAGUCCAGCAGAAGGCUAUUCCUAUUAUUUUGCAAGGAAGAGAUGUUUUAAUCAGGUCCCAAACAGGUUCUGGGAAAACUUUAGCAUAUGCAUUACCCGUUAUUGAAGGCUUACAGGCUAUAAGACCGAAAAUAAAUCGGCACAAUGGUAUAAGAGCAGUGGUAGUUGUACCCACUAGAGAACUUGCCGUGCAAACAUAUGAGCUAUUUGUUAAGCUUACAAAGCCAUUCAUAUGGAUUGUCCCUGGACUGCUUAGUGGUGGACAAAAGAGAAAAGCUGAAAAGGCUAGGUUACGGAAAGGCCUGAGUAUAUUAGUAGGCACACCAGGCCGAAUAAAUGACCACUUAAGGCACACUCAUUCCUUAAAUUUUGCUAAAACAGGAUGUUUAAUAUUAGAUGAGGCAGAUAGAUUAUUAGAUAUGGGUUAUGAAAAAGAUGUGGCAGCAAUAGUUAAAGCUAUCGAAGAUCAUAAGAAAGCCGCCACAUAUGACCCGAUGGCCUUAGUCAAACAAACUAUUAAAAAAGAUCCACCAGAAAAAGACGAAAGCUUAGAGGAUCAAUCAAAUAAAGAGGAAACUGAUUCAAAACAUCCUCUAACUGACAUAUUUUUAUCUAAGGAAAGGCAAACCAUAUUGUUAUCAGCAACAUUAACUAAGGCCGUUGAAAAUUUGGCUGGAAUAACAAUGAAAGAACCCGUUUUCGUCGACACAUCGGAUGGUAAAGUGCUUGUAGCUGAUUCACUUAAACCAAAUAAUGAACAAAAAGUUGCAAAAAUUAAUGACGAAAUGAAAAAAGUUAAAAGUGAUAAACCUGCUGUUACUGAAGAUACUAAACAAACAAUUAAUAAUGAAUCAGCUACCAAAAAGGAAGAAACGACGGUCAAAAGUAGAGGAGGUCUUAAAGCUUUUAAUGGGUCCGAUCAUCCUGAUAUAUUUAAAGAUGUUGUAAAGGCAGAAAAUAGCGAAAAACAAGCAAUCACAAACAAUGGCAUUGAUGACAGCGACAGUGACUCUGAUUAUGAGUACUUUAAAGUACAAAAUGAAAUAAACGUGAAGAAUGCUGUUGAAGAAGUAAAAGAAGAAAAAGAUGAAAAGAAAGAAAUAGCAGAGCCACAGAUUAGUAUGUUUGAAAACGCUCUUAAAACAGCCAUCGUUGAAGAUGAACUUGUUCUACCAGCGACAGUUAACCAAACCUUCCUCGUUGUACCCAUGAAGUUGAGACUUGUGUCUCUAUGCUCUCUUAUAGUUGAACAUUGUAUAUUAAAUAAAAAAGGCGGGAAAAUGAUUGUGUUCAUGGCAACAUUGGAGAUGGUUGACUAUUUUUCAGAACUAAUUGAAACCGUAUUAACUGGUAAAGACGUUAAAAAACGUAAACAAGAGAAAAUUAAAAAUGAUAUUAAAGCUAAAAAGAGGAAAACGGAAGGAGGCGAUGGAGAUGAGAAGGAAUCGUCAGAAGAUUCAGGUUCGGAAUUUGAAAUAGACUAUGAAGCUCCAGCCGAAGGAGGUCUUAUGCAAAUGGAUGUGGAUGUAUUCAGUUUGCACGGCUCGAUGCCGCAUGAGCAGAGGAUGGAAGUUUUCAAGCAAUUCCGUACUGCUCGGAGGGGAGUGUUGUUUUGUACGGACGUAGCGGCAAGGGGAAUAGAUGUACCGCGCGUGGAUCUUGUAUUACAGUACUGUGCACCCGCCUCGGCUACAGACUACGUGCACAGGGUUGGACGCACAGGCCGGGCGGCCCAAGUUGGCGCUGCCAUAAUGUUCCUGCUGCCGAGUGAAACCGAGUUUGUUAGGCAUUUGGAACAAAAAAGGAUCAGGUUGCGCCAAACGGACGAAUCGAAGGUUCUGGAAGCUUUGCGCACGGUGGCGCCGAACGCGGCGAGCGUGCAGCGAGCGGCCAUCGCGGUGCAGGCGAAACUGGAGCAUACCGCUCACUCUUCCAAGGAUUGGCUGGCACGGGCUAGCAGGGCGUUCACAUCCUGGGUGCGUUUCUAUUCCGGAUAUCCCCGAGACGUUAGACCCUAUCUAGAUGCCAGACACUUGCAUCUAGGACACGCGGCGAAAGCGUUCGCCCUACGCGAGACGCCCGCAGCUCUCGCGAAACGGGCCAGGUCUGAUCCUAACUUGAAGAGGGAAAAACCCAUGAACAGAUUGUCUGUGAAGGAUGAAGAACAAAAGAAGAGACCAGGAUUCCCUAAAAUGAAGCCCGGCGCUUUCGCAACCCGAAUAGCCAAUAAACAGAGUUCGAUGCACACAGCUAGUGAGUUUGACAGUGGGUUGCCGCCCGUCGAUACUUAUACUAGGAAGAAGAAAAAUAAAUAAUGUGUUAUAAUAAUUCUAUAAAUUUAAUUAAGACUGUUACAGCAAUUGGGACAU